UGGGACAAUAAUUUUAGCGCCAAGUUAUAUAACACAAGCUAAGGGUAAAACGAAAAAAGUCAACCAACAUCGGGAUUUGAAAAAUUGGAGCCUUAUAUAUAAUGCUUAAAUACAUAGAAAGAUUAAGGGAAGGAAAAAUGAGACACAUUAUCACUUUUCUCUUCUUUUUUCUUACAACAACACCAAUUAUUACAACAGGUGAUGAGUCAUCGAAAUGCAAAGCAUGGUUGGUUCAAUCUAUUCCCACUGACAUGCCCAAACUUAAUCGUGUUCCUGGCGUUCUUUCCACUGCGGAUGUUCUUCAAUGGCUGGCUGGAAACUCUUCAAAGAGUUUGGACAUAAUUGCACAAUAUUGGCAAUUAGUAGCACAUCCCUCGGAUCCUCGUUCAGGGGAUUAUGGAUACUCAGAAGAGGAGUUGCAGAGAUUUGGUGCUAACGAAGGGUUGAAAGUCUACCAGGCAUUAGAAAAUGCUGCAGAUCGCAAACUUCCUAUUAGACUUUUACAGCAUUCCGGAGUUUAUCCCGAUUACACGGAAGAACCAACCAACUUAGCAUCAGGGAGACCAAAUGUAAAGAAUGUUACCUUGCUUCUAAGCGACUGGUGGGGAUCAGGUGUAGUUCAUGCUAAAGUUUGGAUCUCAGACAGUAGAGAUGUUUAUAUUGGGUCUGCAAACAAUGAUUGGAAAUCACUUACUCAGGUAAAGGAAGUGGGGAUAUAUCUCACUGGUUGCUCAGAAAUAGCAAAAAAGAUUGAAAUCUACUAUAACAACCUCUGGAAACUUGCGCACCUUGAUGUUUCAGCUUACACAAGAUCAGUUUGGGAUCAGCAGUGGCAGAUUAAACGCAAGGUUCCAUGUUGGUCCCAUUUUAUAAAUCAUAAAGAAAGGUGCAGAUCACCACUUCCCAAAUACAUGGAAGUUGCUCACGUCCCUGGCUACCCUGUAUUGUCAGACCCGUACAUGUCUCACAUUUCCAUAGAGACACCUGGAGUCAAUGAUUCAUUUUCCGAUCCUCAACCCAGCUAUCUCUCAUUUGCUCCUCCUGAGCUCUUGUUUGGUAAGUACCAAACAGAUGAACAGGCUUGGGUGGACACAAUUAAAUCAGUAGCUAAAGGAGGGACAGUCAGAAUCAACACCAUGGAUUGGCUUGGUCAGUCAGGAUACACAAAACAAACAGUUUAUUGGCCAUCACUUUCUUCAGCUAUUUCAGAGGUUGUCUUCUCCAAGAGCGCAAAGGUUCAAAUACUGGUCGCAAAGUGGGUUCAUUUUAUAAAAAACACAGAUCAGUAUCUAAAGUCCCUGCUUUACUCCAACACCCUAUGCUCUUCUUCAAAGUACAACCACUGUUCUGGUAAAGUUGAGAUCAAGUAUUACGUUGUUCCAGGAUACAAUUCCACUGGACCUGCAGCACAUAAUGGUACUGCCACCGGUAACAAGUAUCCUGGCUUUACACGGGUUAAUCAUGGUAAAUAUGCAGUUAGUGAUGUGCGCGCACACAUAAGCACCAGCAACCUGGUGUGGGACUACUUCUUCACCACAGCAGGUGUUAGCUUUGGGACAUAUCAACCUGCCAUUGUUUCACAACUUCAAGAAAUCUUCGAUGCUGACUGGACUUCGCCAUAUACUGUGCCAGUUGAACCAUUGGAGGAAGGUCAUGCUUGUUCAAGCUGAUGAAAAAGAAAAAGAAAAAGAAUCAGGUCCACAGUGCUUCUCUGAACCCAAAGGCAUAAGAGAGUAAUUGAAGGUCUUGAAGCUUUUACUUCUCUUUUUCUUUUGUUUUCUUGGUCAGAGUAAUAGAAUUCAGCUACUUUAGAGUUUAGGUCCUUGCCAUUCAUUUCAGUGGACAUUUCUUGCACAAUACCUUUGACAAUUUUUCAUCCAAUAAAUUUAAUAAAUUUGGUUAUGUAA